UUUCACAUUUUGACAUCAACCGCGUUGGCCUCUCUUUAUUCAGUUGUUGACCCGUUUUCAAGGAAUGAGUACAUGAUAUAAGUAGUUUUCUGAUGUUGUGAAUAUGUUAGGACACAAACUAAUCGUUCAAAGCCAGCGCCUUGCGCGUAUGGGCCUUGGAAAUCGGUCCGUUUUGAAGGAGGGUUUCUGUGGUGUUGUGUCCCCUUUGUUGACCUCUGACCCCCAGAACCAAAACAAACAAGCACGUGUGUGGGCUGGAGGGAUUCUUUCUGCAAACUUCAAGACGUCCAGCACCCCAGAUGCACCUCUGGCAAAUGUGAAGUUCAUUGAGGAGGAAGAAGAUCCUUAUGAUGGACUUGUCGAAGAUUUAGUUGCUGGUGAACACGAGUUUGAACGCGAUCGCAGCAGGGAACUUUCUCAGACGGUCGAAUAUUACCAAAAUACAUUGCCGAGUGAUGACGUUGUUGACCAGUCUGUUCCCCUUUCCUUGAACAUUCACCAAAAUGUGCUGGCUGCGUCGGAUAGCGUACCAAGUUCUGUUCACUCCACUGCCAUGGAACAGGUUGAGAGCUAUGAUUGCAGAGGGUCUGUGAGCCUUCACAGUGUGAUGCAAAGUAUGGUCCCGGAGCCCUACCAGCCAACCAGCACUGCGCCGACCCAUGUGAAUAUGCCAGGGGGAGGCCACCAAAUGACACUGAAGUAUCUUAAUGACCGCGAACUGGACUUGCAUCAGUCUCGACACCAUUCAACUUCAGCUGCGUACAGAAAGCAAAUAACAAGGAACCUCUCCACGUAUCGUAUUCUCAAUGCAUCCGUUGAUAUGCAGGGUGUCCAAGGUGACAUUGAAAGCCUCGAAAAAGUAUCGGGUGGGCCCUCCCCACAAGGUGUUCAGGGUGAGAACGAUGCACGAUUUGCACUUUGGAUGAAGAACUGCGGUCAGUUUGGUGACUGUACUGAACAGCUAGACGCCGUAAGGAGUGGUCGCAAAACGCUUCAGCAGAUCUUUGAUGAACAAGAUGAACAGAUCAGAUUGGCAGCGGAAAAACUUGAAAUGUCACUGCCUGAACAAUCUGUAAGUGCGGGCACGCCCCCUAGUGCUACUAGUAUUAGUACCCGUAAUUCUGAGAGUGGUGGUGAGAAACCUGAACAACCGCCAAGUCAACGUCAGCGUUUAAAAAUGGCGAUUCGCGAUUAUGGGUCCACAGUUAUAGUCUUUCAUGUGGGAAUUUCUAUUAUGUCUCUUGCUGGAUUUUAUGCUUUAGUUCAAAGCGGGAUUGACGUGGUUGGAAUCCUAGGAAAACUCGGCGUAGGACAAGCGUUCUUAGAAUCAAAACUAGCUGCUGGAACUAGUACGUUUGUUGUUGCCUACGCUGUUCAUAAAGUCUUUGCUCCAGUUCGGAUUGGAAUCACUCUAACUGCGACACCGUUUAUCGUGAGAUACCUUCGGCGAGUAGGGGUCCUAAAGGUGAAGAAAGCUGUUAGUAAAUAGACACUGGCUGUGAUAUUGUAUCCAAAAACAUUAGCUGAAAAAAAACAUUUUAAAAAUAAUGUCUAGGACCUUAUGUCACAGUAAUAUUGAAUACAUCUUAUACUUCUUGUUGAAAACAUUGUAAAUUUUUUCCAAUUAUUCCCAUGGAGAUAUAUUGUUACAUGCUAUUAGAUAAAUUGUGUUGUAUUUUUGUUGCAGAGUCUGUUCUUGCUUUACAAUGCAGUGCUGUGAAAAUAUGGGUUUUAUUGCCUGAAAAAUUUUUUAUGCUUAUGCUAGGUGAUUAAAGUUGACCUCUGUGUUAAGGAUACUGUCAUGAACUUUGUGUUGUAAGAGAAAGCCAGUGAAACUGCAUGAAUGGAAUUUUUACCCCACAUGUAACCAGUAAGCCUAAAGUUUGCUUAGGUCAUGUGCGGCAAGUGUACGUACAAUCAUAUCUAUGAAUACAAAACCUACUUUGUUAUGCUGAAACUAUUGAUCUAUACAAACUGUAUUAGUUGGCGUACUACCAUAUGCGUGGGCUGUUGAGGCCUUUACUCAUUUCUUGGCCAGCUGUUGUAACAGACAGGUACAGUGUCAGCAGAACCUCCAUUAGAGGACACCUCGGUUAUCAGUAUACCCUGUCCAUUGGGGACAAUGAUUUUGGUCACAAAUGGGCAACUUUUAUACAAUUUGACCUCUUUAAUCUGGGACACCUUUGUUUUAAGGACAGUCCCUUACCAGAGAGGUUCUACUGUAGACAGUAGCCUAUGAUAUGGAGCAAGUCCUCAGCUGUUUGAGGCAAACUAUAAAUGAUCAGGGCACACGAUCAUGUUUUAAAUAGCUUUAUGACGUGCUAAUUAAAAAUCUUGAGCAGAAUAUAUGAAAACUACAAUGCUUUCAUAAACAAAACAUGUAUUAAAUUUGAAUAUAUGGAUUAGGGAGAAUCAAAAACUGAAGAUUUCUACUUCUAGUUAACUUGGAAAAGAGAGAAAAAGUGUAGCUUGGUAAACCGAAGCUGUUAAGACAUUAACCCAGGUUGUGACAUUGUCUUCAAGCUUAGACAAGGUGACAUUUUCCCUGGUGGUGACAUUGUCUUCAGCUGAGACAAGUGACAUUUUCCCUGUUACACCAGCGUGUCUGCCAGCACAAAACCUGGUUGUGACAUUGUCUUCAGCUGAGACAAGUGACAUUUUCGCUGUUACACCAGCGUGUUUCUCGGCACAAACCCUGGUUGUGACAUUGUCCUCAAACUGAGACCGAGUGACACUUUCCCUGUUACACCUAAAUGCCUUGCAGGAUAGUUUUCUGAAAGGGGGAUUAGGUGAAUCUCAGUUAUGAUAUUGUAUGCAUGUAUGCUAUUCAAUCUGUCUAUAAUGAGAGUGAAUGAAUGAUAGUGUGGUUUGGCUAGUAAAUUGGUAAUUGGGAUGGUAAAAGCUUAGGUAUGAUAGAAGUCGUUGCUGAUGACUGCUGGUAAAAGCUUAUGGAUAUAGGUAAUUACUUAUGACUGCUUUAAAGAGACUUAACAAUGUUGCACAAAGUUCAGUUUCGUACACUGCUGGAAACCAAAAUUGGAUUCAUUUUGAGACAAGUUAUUGGCUCGGCAAUUGUAGCGUGACCGCAAAGCCUGUGCAAGAUAUAGUUUUGCUGUUGUUGAACCGGCGUUGUGUGAACACGGCAAUAGUAGGCCCUAAUCUUGGUGUUGUAAAAGCAGUUUAUUGCUUCAAUAAAGUCGUCUUUAAAUGAAA